AUGUCCCUAUCUCCCAAUUCGAGCCUCGCGGAACCCGUAGCUCCGCCGCAGCAGGUAGCUCAGCGGCGGCCGCAGAAGUCCUACGCAGAUGCUAUCGCAGCCGAGGCCCCGGCACCUCUCGCCAAUCAGCUCGACAAGCCGCCUAGCACAACUGCUGCGAGUGUUCGUGACGGUCUCGAGACGAUGCAGGUGCUGGAGGCCGGAGAUGACGAAGAGAUAGGCGUCGAAGGAGGAUGGCAGGGCUGGCGCGUGGUGAUGUGUGCCUCUCUCUACUUCUUCUUCACGCUGGGACUCGUCUACUCGUUCGGUAUCAUCCAGGAGACGCUUGUCUCAGCGGGCGCUUGUGACGCAGCGACGCUCGGCUGGAUCUCGUCGCUGACCAUCAUCCCGAUGCCAGUGUUCUCCAUCCCAUUCACCAAGGCCGUGUCGCGUCUUGGCAACCGCGUUGUUGGCGCCGCCGGGGCCGUCUCGGUCUCGGUGGGCUACGCAUGUCUAUCCUUCUCCUGGUCACCCACUGCGCAUCCGAAGCACGCUCUGGGUGUUGGCGUAGAACAGGCGUUGGAGCUCAACAUGGCUCUCAUGGUCGUUUUCGCGCUGAUGGUCGGAAUCGGGUAUGGCAUGGUCUUCUUCUCCACCAGCCAAAUUGCGGUGGGCUACUUCAAGAGCAAACGCGGACUGGUGAUCGGCAUCGUGUACAGCGCGAGUGGGUUCGGCGGCGCAUGCUGUGCGAUGCUGUUGCGCGUCAUGGCGAAUCGCCUGGGACUUGCGUGGGCGGUGCGCAUCCUCGGUCUGGGCGCAGGAGCAGCUAUGCUACCUCUCACAUGGUGGCUGGUACCCCACCACGCCGAACGCAGCAAGAGGUGUGUCGAGGCUUUCCGCCCCUCGCUCUUUCUCGAUUCGCGCUUCAACCUUUUGCUUAUCGCCACGGCGCUCGGGACUUUUCCGCUUUUCGUACCGCCAUUUUUGCUGCCAACGUACGCAACGUCGGCCGGACUCAGCCCCAACACGGGUGCAUGGCUCGUAGCGGGAUACAGUCUCGCCUCGGCUGUUGGGCGUGUGGCGUUUGGUAUGGUAGCAGACACGAGAGUCGGGCCCGUCACAAGCCUGAUGCUCGCUCUGGUGCUGGCAAGUACCAGCAUCCUUGCCGUGUGGACUGUAUCCAGCAAUCUCGCCACGCUUGCACUCGCCAUGGUUCUCAACGGAGGAAGCUCUGGUGCGCUCCUCUCGCUGCAGCCUCCGGUCAAUGCGGCCAUCUUUGGCGUGCACCAGACCGCACUCACGAUGUCGAUGAUGAUGUGCUCGCGUGCUUUUGGCUCGCUCUUGGGUGGACCUCUGGCAGGCUACCUCCUGGAUGCAUUUGGUCCCUUCUUCACUUCGACGUUCUCCAUCGGGUUGUUGUUGACGACCAACACAGACGGCAUAGGCAACAUGGCGAGAUAUGGAUCGCGCAGAAAUGGCAGUGGCAUGGAGUUUUGCUGCUGCUAUCUUCCCCUGGUCAACGUCGGAGCAUACCUGCUGGUCCUCGAGACCGCGCUCGUAGCGCUGGCGGUCGGCAUCUGUGCACUGGCACCGCCAUCCAUCGUAGCUGGCCAGGGUGUAAUCCCUUCGUGGUCGAAAGGCCUGGUCGCCGCACUUGGCUUCAUCACACUCGUCUGGCAAAUCCUGGGACUGGUUUCGGUGGCUCGUCAGAUGCCCACGCUCUACCGCACGUACAUCCGCAUCAACACUAUCCUCACUCUCGCCAUCAUUGCUGCCACUGUGGCCUUCCUCGUGACUGCAGCCGUGCAGCACAACAAAGCCGUCAGCACCUGCGUCACCACGUACGGCGUGAUGCCGUCGAGCUCGGCGUCGAGCUCGUCGACACUGCAGGUUUCGGGACUCGCCGAGACCGACGCCUUCUCGCAGGCGGGCAGGGACAUCUGCAACAUCUUUGUGUGGGCACAGACGGGUGUCAUGGCAGGCCUGAUCGUGCUCAUGGGUCUGACGCAGUUCUACAUGCUUGCUGCCCAGAAGGCGUACGGCAACAACCAGCGUGCGGCUUUCCGCGACAGCAAGGCCAACUACCAGGACAUCCCUAUGAACCCCAGAGACUCGGCAGUGUGGGAGCCGCAUCCGGCCGAUCCCUAUGCUGGUCAGGGCGGAUACAGGCGCGAUUACGGCCAUGAUGCCUACGACUCGUACGCCACCACCCCGGGCGGAAAGCAUGCGCACACGCCGUAUUAG